CCUCGCAAUUACCUGUUUCACCAGAAUUGACGCGAGCGCGAGUUGGCGAGCACAUGCCACGUUGAGAGAAACUGAGCUGAACUGCAUUUGUGUUUCUUCCUGCGCUCGCAAGGACCGAUUCCAUCUGAUCCACCUUUCAAAUUCAAGAGAAAGAAACUCCAGCAGGUGACCAACAAACCUCUGAAGACCCACACCAGCCGCUGAGGAUCUGAGACACUCCGCAAGGAUGCACUUGUUGUCCGCCAGCCGCGUGUACGCCCUCCUCAUCACCGCGCUGCUCCACCGAGUCAGCGGUUUGGACACUGUUAUCGGCCAGUACGGGGAAACACUCGAAAUCCCGUGCAACAAUGGAGCCGUGAAAGCCGAAGACGUCCUCAUCACUAAAUGGAAAUACGACAAAGGCGAGGGACUUGCAGGAGACCUGCUGGUCAAGCAGAAAGACCAGAACGCUUCAAUCAGCGCCACUGAUGAAUACAAGGGCCGUGUCAGCAUGGCCGCAAACUGCAGCCUCCUGCUCUCUGAGGCCAAGCUGACCGACCAGGGGACUUUCACCUGCAUGGUGGCUGGUGCCGACAUCAAGGAAUACCCUGUGAAUGUGGUGAUCAACAAGACGCCAGCAGGCCUGGAGAUUUCUGACAAAGCGGAGGAACUGGAGAUUGGCAAACUUACCAAGUUGGCAAAAUGUGUCGCUAAUGAUGCCAAUCCAGCUGCAAACAUUACGUGGUUAAAGAACAACAAACCCCUGGUGGCUGAUGGGAAAGGGAUUUCCAUCCAGGCGUCGGUGCUGAUCGACCCCAUUACUGGCCUCUCGACCACCUCCUCCGUACUGGAGUUCUCGGCCGAAAAGGAAGACUCGGACGCUGUGUUCACCUGCAGCACUCUGCACACCCUGGGUGUAGAACUGGUGUCCUCUCCGGUGACCUUCACCAUCACCUACUCCACAGAGAACAUCGUCCUCGAGGUUAUUGCUCAGGACCCUCUCGUAGAAGGAGACAAUGUGACUCUGAAGUGUAUUGCAGAUGGUAACCCGGCUCCUACCAGCUUUAACUUCCACCUUAAGGGAGAAAUGGUCAAAGUGGAAGAUGCUGACACUUUCACCAUCACCAAUGUCUCACGUGACACCACCGGUGAAUACAAAUGCUCCCUCAUUAGCAACCCCUCCCUGGAAGCGUCUGAGGAUGUCAUCGUCAACUACCUAGACAUCAAUUUAAGCCCCUCUGGGAAUAUCAUCAAGAGCGCUGAUGAAGCCUUAAAUCUGACGCUCCAGAUUGAUGCAUCCGGAGAAUCAGUGGUGUCCUGGACAAAGGAUAAUGUGAAAUUGGACAAAGAGCCCAAGUUUACCAAGCUGACCUACUCUGACUCAGGCCUCUAUGAGUGCAAGGUGAAGAUGGGACACCUGAGCCAAAAAGCUUCUUUUGAGCUGCUUGUUAAAGAUGUAUCUGAAGAGUUACGUCCUGUUGCAGGUCCUCCAGUGAUCAGACAGUUGUCCAAGCACCGCGGCGAAGACGGACAACACAAGGUCCUGAUGUGUGAAGCUGAAGGUGCCCCGAAGCCGGCUGUGUCCUGGAGCAUCAAUGGCACCUCGCCUGAGGAGAGUCCAUUCGUCAACGGAAAGAUUACACACAAGAUCACAGUUGUGCCCUCUGCAAAUCUAACUGUGUCUUGUACGGUGAUCAAUGAGUUUGGCACGGAUACCAGGUCUAUAAAUGUGUCAUCCUGUAAGUGUUUGCUCCUCUCGCCUCCCUCUGCUUUAAAUUCCUCCUAAAGCCGAGAUCUGCCU